UGCGGAUGCCGAAGUAAUGAGCCUUGUAUGUAGAGUCGAUGGUGGAGGUAGAGGCGUUGGGUCAGUGGUGUUAAGCAGCCCCACUUCAGAUCCACCCUCAGAUCAAAAUAUAUACAUGCUCACACGUGAUCAGAGCUGUCUUAGGCGGGUGUCGCGCCAGCUGUUUCGCAGAGUUGAACACGCCAGGUCACUUGGUGGAGGUGAAGUGCCCUGGUCCAGUCCUAAGGGGCGACACUAUGCUUUGAGUCCACUAAUGUCUCUGGUGUACGAGGGCGGCUUGCCACACUCGCCGCACUCAUGCCCCUAACCUAUAUUAUCGAUCAACUGCGCGAGCCACUACGACUGUAGGGCAGAUAUACAAAUGCAACAAAUGCGGCAAGCAGUUCA